AUGAGCGCCAGCGCUGAAGAGAUCAGCCAAAAUCUUCUUUCAUCGCAAGUCAAUACAAUUAACUGCAGCAGUAAAGUUUCAGCAAUAGGUUUUGAAGACGACAACGGAACGUCAAUGGAAAAAUACCUAAAGGGUAAAGAGUGCCAGUAUAUAGAAAUCCAGGACCUUCUGGAGGAAUUUAGAGAUAUGUUUGCCGAGAAAGGAAAACCUUUAAAAGCUACGUCCCUAGUCAAGCAUAGGAGUGACACAGAAGAUAACCCACCAGUUUAUAAGCCACCUUAUCGCAUACCAUUAAAGUUACAGCAAGUAGUAAGAAAAAAAAAAGUCGACGUGUUACAAGGCGAUAUCAGAGUGACCCAUUUAAAAAAUGUAUGUUGCACAGAAACUAGUAUAUUGUCCAAGCCUACUUGUUUUCGAAACAUCAUUAGUACAAAGUGUGAACUCACCGUUGUGACAAGCUUCAGACAGGCUAACUGCAGCUCGUCCACAUUCUCGACAAAAAACGGCGACACACCCAUAGAGGAUGCGUGGAGUACGGAAGUAUCGGUGUUGGUUUCCAUAAGCUCCUCCAAAGAUAGCUUCUCCAACACGGGUACGAACUUCUUCUCCACCUUCCGCAAUUUUGGUUUCUCGACCACAGGCUCCGGUACUUGCUCCUCUUUAACAACUCUCCUCCUCUUAUUUCCAAUUACCAAUGCACUGAAGCUAUCUGUUGGAAGGUCUUCAGAAGGCGCUUCUGGUUUAGAGUUCUCAGGGGGCGUUUCUGGUUUAGACUCUUCAGGAGGCGCUACUGGCUUAGACUUUUCAGGGUGCGCUUCCGGUUUAGACUUUUCAGGAGGCGCUUCCGGUUUAGACUUUUCAGGGGGCGCUUCUCGCUUAGAGUCUUCACGGGGAUCUACAGGUUGCGAAUGCUCGAGAGGUGCUACAGGUUGA